CGAGGGAGCGCUCCCGCGCCAGGCGGCGGGUUCGGCUGCGCAGCGGGGCUGAGUCGGCCGCGGCCGCCGGAGCAUAGGGAUCAGACGUCGGGUUCCUGGAACCUCGGUGCUGAAGAUACCAGGCCUUGCGCACAGGGCCCCUUUUCCUAGUAUCCUAACUUCAGUUGUUGCGUCUUUACCAAUCUGACCAGCCGGAACACUUGCGUGGCUGCUGUGUCUGAGUCUCCUGCGUUAUCUGUGAAUGCAGCGUUUGCUCUCAGGAGCUUCCGCUCUCUGGACGACGAGGCCCAGAGCUGAUGGCAGACAAUGUCAGCCACUAACAACAUUGCCCAGGCCCGGAAACUGGUGGAGCAGCUCCGCAUCGAAGCCGGGAUCCAGCGAAUCAAGGUCUCCAAAGCCUCAUCGGAACUCAUGAGUUACUGUGAGCAGCACGCCCGGAAUGACCCCCUGCUGGUCGGUGUCCCCGCCUCUGAGAACCCCUUCAAGGACAAGAAGCCUUGUGUCAUUCUAUAGCUUGGUGUUCCCCUAUUCUCUCUCUCUCCCUCCCCCCUUCUUUCUCUCUCUCUGUCAGGGCAUCGUUCAGUACAUAGUUGAAGCAAAGCGUUUUGGGUCCCUGAAACUUUUAAUGCCAAAAGAAAUGUAAAACAUUGCCACUGCCCAGGUGGGGUAAGACGUACCUACUGGGUAACGAUGGGUUUUCAGACCGAGCAGCAUAGCCCUCCGGGCCUGGCUGAAAGAGGGAUGCUGGCGGCACAGCAGCUUCCAGUUAGGAAGAGUCAAGAUGCCCGAGUGGUGCGGUCGCUGUUUUUUUAAGCUCUCACUUGCCAUUUGAGCUGUGGUCCAGAGAUGGUCAGGAGAAGGGGAGGGGAGGGGGCUCUGGCUGCUGGCCCCAGGAGACCUGGGGAACCUGGCCGGCCGGCCAUCCUCCGCAAUUGGCCAUUUGUAAAAAAGAUUUCUGCUACAGUGUUUUGUUUUGUUUUGUUUUUUUAAGUAGAGUAAAAUUUGGGGGUGGGGGGGAUCAUACGGAACCUGCUGGGGAAAAUCUUUUCAUUUAAAAAAUUGUUACUCUAAUACUGCUAAAAUCAGAUUUCGAUGGCUGGAUGUGUGGCCAAGGUGCACUGUGCAAUAUGCACAGGUGGAUUUUAGGGGCCAGGAGGGGGCUUUGCCUAGGAGAUGCACCCUGUGUCACCCAGUGUCACCCUACCAUAUGGCAUCUGUAAGGCAUGUGUCACUGUACGGCCAUGUGUGACCCUGCCCUUUCCUGGGAUCCCACCCAUCGCGGAAACAGAUUUUCAGCAACUUGCCCUGGUCCCCGGAAUGGCCAGCUGGGUUUAAUUUUGUUUUGAGCACAUGACAUUGAUGUGGCAGUUAGAGGCUGCAAUCAUGCUCUAUCAUACUCGUCUCUUCAGGGGGUUUGGUUUUGGUUUGGUUUUUCUCCACUUUCACUUGUCGCAAUGGCCACUGUUCAAAUAGAGCUGCAUCCUGGCGGGCAGGACCACCGACGCCUGGUGUGAGAAGGUGUUAAACGGCCUGGCAGUAGCUGCAAGGCCUCAGAGGCUCCCUGUCCACUUUUGUGCCCCUUAGACCCAGAGCUCCGGCUGGAGGAAGUGCAAGGCGUAUUAGCGCAGUUCAUCACUCUUGCCAACAGCCUUGGAAAUUUGAUAUGUUGUGGAGUCAGGGGUUAGGGGCAGGAGGCCUUUUUAAAAAUUACUUUUUCCUUUGUUGUGACAUGGACAGUGAAAGGAACAAGAGAAUGGGGCCGAAUAUACUUCCCUCCCCUCUGCCAGUGCCACCAUGGCUGCCAGGACCCCGUACGGCCCGGACCUCAGGGGUAACCACCUGCCCUGUCAUGGGGCAGGAGGCAAACUGUGGGAAGAAACAAGCCCAGCUCUGCCCCUGUGGCCCCAACGGACGUCAGAGUCCGAGGCCCACGCCAGCAGGGCCCUGGACAGCUGCCAAGUCCAGGCCCUCACCUCGCAGCCGGGGCCAAGGCUCAGACCUUGCCAGCGCUCAGAGGGCCCCAGGAGAUGACCCUCCAUCCAGCUCCCACAGCGUACAGGCUGGGGGGCUGAACCUUUCUCCCCAGCACCCAGCUCUCCCCAGCCGGUCUGGGAGCAUCAGGGGCUUUAGGGAGCCCGGCACUUCCAGACCUGCCAUUGGUCGGGGAAAGCCAUGAAGGUUCCCAGGCUGCAGCCUCCUCUCAUUGCGCAGGGAGCCCGCACCACCCCAAGCCUGUCUCACUGUCCCCAGCAGGAUGGAGCAAACCCUCUUCUAGGGCCCUGUGGGAAUUAACCCCGAGGGCAGGGAGCCGGUGGCAGAGCAAGGCUCUGUGACAGAAGCCUUAAUCCCUUGAGCCUGCCUCAGAUCCUUGCACGCCCAUCUUUCCUGUGUCUCCCACUGACCAGCCACUGGGUCCCAAACAAAGCAGGAGGUCCUGACCCCAGUAUCAGGAGCCCCCCAGGGUCCCAGACCUCGCCUCCGCCUCCGCCCCCUGCCCUGCCAGCCAUUCCAAGCCCAGCCCCACCUUGUGUCCCCCACCCAAGUCACUCUGGAGAAGCCAGCAGGAAGCUGGUCGAGGACCCCUGGCUGAAGAAGAUGGGAUUGAACCCAAGUUCAUCAGCUCCGUGGUGCGCUAUGGGCACAGCCUGCCAGCGUGUUCCCUGUCCCACUCCCAACUCCGUAACAGGCUCCAUCCUGGGCCUGGGGAGGCUUGAGUCAGAAAACCCAGGGACUGAGUGGUCUGGGUAAACUGAGGCCCAGCAAGGGUGAGGACAGUCGGUUUCUCCCCUUAUUGUCACACCUGCUCAGCUGCCCACACUAGGUGCCCACAGCCUCAGACUCCAAGGAGGUGGCGAUCAGCAGGAGUCCCCCCCACGGUGGUUUUCUUUCCAGCUGAGGCAGGGGGAAGCCUUCUUUUUUCCAUUUAAAGUAAAACUCACUGUCCAUAGUGUAGACCUAAAGCAUCAGUGCACUUAGAACAACGUGUGCUACUUGUGCAUUCCUGGCAUGAGUGUCCACCCUGAAAAUGUGGUUAUCACGGCUUUAGAGAGUAGAAGUGCCCCAUGCAUUAGGGAGCUGGUGGUGGUGGCAGCACAGGCCUUGAGGGAACCAGCACCUCUAACCAUGCCAUGGCGGCAGAAUUAGGGACACAUGCACAGAAGGCAGGCGUGGAGGUGCAAAGCUCCCUGCCUUCUGCAGUCUGGUUCAGUGUGUGUAGUGGGCUGGCUGGCCUGGCCCCCACUCCAGGAAAGAGUUAGAACAUGCAUCCCUGCCCCAUCAUCCCAAAGGUGACUCCCAGGCCAAGGAGGAAGUGACUCAGUUGUGACCUCCAGCCCCAGGGAAUGUAAACCCACUGGGCUGGAAGGAAGGUGCUGUCUUUCUGGCUUUGAUGUCCCUGCCACCGGUCCAGGACAACUCCGGGCCCCAGGCAGCUCAUCCAUCAGGUGAAGAGCCCCAGCUCUGCCAGAGCAGGAAAAGGCCCCGAUUCCUCAGACUCUCACCCCACGCGUGAGUGACCAGGGGCAUUUCCGGCCGAAGUGAGGCCGCCAAAAGCCACUUGCCCUUCAGUAGCACUUACAAAAAGCCAGCCUGCCACGGGGUCCCCUGAAAACAAGCCAUAUGUCAGACACUCUGCUCUCUUCCUCCUCUGUCCACAGAACCCAUUGCCAAACAUUGUAACGACUUGUUCCUGGUUUUCAGAAACAAUCUGUGGUUCUGGCAGGUUCAACCCCACCUGCUUUUGGAUGUCUGGUGGUUUUUCUGAUUUUUAAAAAAAAAAUUCCAGGUGUGCCACACCCACUUUCUCACAGUGUUUUACUAUUGUGUGGAAUUGUCAAUACAACGUGAAUUAACCCACAAUAAAAAGGCUCACUGCUCCUUGUCUCCAGCUCCGGGCCCUUCUCUCCCUGGCCGCCACUGGGCGGUGGGGGCUGCCCCACGUUGUCCCCGCUCCUCUCACCGGCCCCCAGCAAGAGGCAGCAGGGAUGAAGCCCGCUUCAGGCAGCCGCACUCAC